CUGAUCACGUGACUUAUAUUGUAUCUCGGCCAUAUUGGUUGUAUGCUGCGUGUUUUAGCUGGCAAAAUUUCUGAGUAAAUCUGAGUUAAAUUAAAAGAAAUGGCAGACACUUUAAACUUUGGUCCUGAAUGGCUUCGUGCUUUGUCAGAUGGCAACAGUGUUGCUUCACCCCCACCAACCCCAGGGUUAGGUGGGAAGUUUAAGUUAGCCAGUAAUCGGUAUGGAAGAGAGGAAAUGCUGGCCCUCUUUCAUGAACACUAUAAGGCACCAGAUGAACUGAAAGAAAUCCCUUCUAUCUAUAUUGAACCAGUACAAAAACCACUGGCGUUUAUAUCAUUAUCAGAAGAAGAACAGCGGUUAAUGUCACAAUCUGUAAACAGUGUCACAGUACUGCGAAGUAUGGGGCGUGGUUCUGGACCUCCCAUUAGAGGUGGGAGGGGUGCAGGAAGUGCUGAUCGGGGACGGGGUAGAGGACGAGGACGUGGGGAUAGUUAUAUUCAUAGAGUUUUAUCAGAGAAUGGGGAAAAUAAUAGUGGGGGAUUUGGUAUUCCUGGUAGAGGUCCUAAUAAUGAAGGCUGGGAAGAGGUGGGCAAGAAAUAUGAUCGUAAUUAUCCGACACGUACACCAUUCGAUGAGAACACAGGAGUUAGACGAGAAUAUAACCGCUCGUUAAGUAACGAUAAUUGGAGAGAGAAACCCAGUGAAGAUGAUGAUGGAAAUUGGAGACGUGCAGGAACACGAGACAAGUGGAAUAAAACAGAACAAAAUACACGAGGAAGCUGGCGCGAUCCGAACCACGAUCCCCGAGGCUUUGAUGGUGAAAAGAAGUCAAAUGGAUUUUCACGUGAUGGACCUCCUAGUCGAACAUAUCAACGGAGCAGAAGCAGUGAAUCAUGGGAUACUGAAGAUAAUUUACCUGAGUGGAGUACAGAUGUAGAUGAUCCAGAGGCUGUUGGUUCUUUUGAUGCAAGUGGGGCUUUUGUUGCUAUAAAGGAACCAGGAGGUCCAGACAUUGAUGAAAAUUCACCACCAAAUACAAAUAAACAGAAUUCCAAACUUCCAGUCUCUAAGGAAAAAGAUAUUCAAAAUAACAAUAAUAACAAAGAGAAAGAAGAACCGCGACAGAAAUCUAAUGAUAGUGCUAUAAAUAAGAAAAUGAACAAUGAGAAAAAGAUAAACUCAAACUCAUCUGAGAUAAAGGCGAAACCCGAAUCGCCGCGCAAACAGGGAAAUAAUAAAUCAGAUACUGUCUCAAAAACUUUGGUUGUUCAAUCUCCUGCUGUCCAAAAAACUCCUCACGAAUUAGCGAAUGAAAUCAUAAAUGAUAAUAAACAAGAUAAUAGAGAAAAACCACGGAGCAUUAUUCCGACAGUCAAAUCUAAGGAAGGCGAAGCAUUGGAGCAAAUGAAACUUCAAGCAGAAAGUCUGGUAGCUAUCGUUACUGAGGAGGAUGAUAAAGAACCAGAAUUAUCAUCAUCACAGCCAGAUAGUCCUGUUAAAUGGUUAUAUAAAGAUCCACAAGGAGAUGUUCAAGGUCCAUUUUCCUCUGAUGAAAUGGCUGAAUGGUUUAGUGCUGGAUAUUUUACUAUGAGUUUACUAGUCAAGAGAGGUUGUGAUGAAAGAUUUCAACAAUUAGGUGAAUUAAUAAAGAGAUGGGGAAGAGUACCAUUUCUUGCUGGUGUAUCUAUGCCACCAUUGCUUAAUAGUCCAGUAACAACAAUGCCAAGUGAAAAUACCUGUAUACCACCUAUAUCUCAACCAUUACCUGGUACACCUCCUACAGAACAAGUUAAUGUUUUACAACAACAAUUUCUAUUACAACAACAAUUGUUACAACAACAGUUAUUAAUGAGGCAACUUCAACAACAGCAACAACAACAAAUGGUUUUACAACACAUGCAAGAUCAGGAGGGGUUUAAAGGUUUACCACUAGCACAACAACAACAAUUAGUCAUGCAGAUGAUGAUGUCACAACCAAUGUUAUUACAACAACAAUUACAGCAACAACAGCAGCAACAACAGCAUGCUGCACAACAAACACACAGAUUAUCUCCCUUACAUACAGAACAGCCUGGUAUGGCUAAUCAUCCAGCCUUCCAUAGAUCUUUGUCUCAACCAUCCAGUAAAACGGAAAAUCCCAGUGAUGAGACCAUAUGGGGUGGGGUUAAUACAGCUACCAGUCCUCCACUCGGUGCAGGUGCUUUCUCUCAACCUACGAGUGUAUGGGAUUUAGAGGCUGGUAAACAAUCCGAUCCUGCCGAUCUUCACGCACAAAUACAAAGAAUGCAGCAGGAAAUGGACAGAGUGCGAAAACUGGAAGAAGAUAGAAAGAGAGAAGAAGAAAGAAAACAGCUGGAAUUACAACGAAAACAAGAAGAAAUACAGAAACAACAAGAAAUGUUGAUGAGAGAAAAACAAGAAAUAGAAAGACAGAAACAGAUGGAAAUACAGAAAUAUGAGGAACUUAAACAUCAAGAACAGUUACGAUUACAACAGCAAGAUGAGGAAAGAAAGAGAGCAGAAGAAAUCUUGAGACAAGAAGCUGAACGACAGUAUCAGAAGCAACGAAAAGAGGAAGAUCGCAGACGACAAGAAGAACGUCGAAUUGAAGAAGAGAGAAAGAUGGAGGAGGAACGACAAAUGGAAGAACAGCAGCGUAGAGUGGAAGAAGAGAGAAGACGGGAAGAAAGACAAAAGGAGGAGGAAAGAAGGCGGGAAGAGAAACGACAGAAAGAGGAAGCGAGACGUAAAGCAGACGAAGAAAAACGACAACAAGAAUUACUUCAACAAGAAGAAAUGUUGCAACAACAAGAGUUACAGAGACAACAUGAUUUAGAAGAACAGUUAAAGAAGCAGGAAGAAGCUGAUAGACAGGCUGAAUUACAACGUCAACAACAAGAAGCUUUACGUAAAUUACAACAACAACAAAGAGAACAGCUGUCUAAUAUUAAGCUGCCUGCUACAGCUCAAUGGGCAAAACAACAGAAUCAAGUUUCAACACCCGCCAGUUCUCUUACAGAAAUACAACAACAGGAACAGAAAAAAUGGCAGAUUGAAGAGCAUCAAAGAUUAGUAGAUCAACAGAAGUUACAGAUGGAAAUGUUACAUCAACAAAAGAUAAACCAGCAACAACAACAGUCGCAGCAGCAAAAAACAACAUGGGCCAGUCAUGUACAAUCACCAGCCACUGGUAGAAAAUCUCUGAUGCAGAUUCAACAAGAAGAACAGGCCAAGUUGGCGGAAACUGAACGGAAAAAACUACAAUCACAACAAAAACAACAACAGAUACAACAACAACAACAACAAGCAAAGAAUCUGAGUUUAGCAUCUGCUGCGGCGUGGGCCGGCCAAUCUAGUAAUAAUAGCGCUAGUGUUUGGAGUUCAGACAGUGGAGCAUCAGGUGGAAUAUGGGAACAACCAGCCCCAUCUAAGAAAAAGGCAGCAACAUCAUCCGAAUUUCCGGCCUUAAAAAAUAAGAAGCCAGCUCCCGCUCCUAAGAGCACAAAGACUUCAAAUGGUAAAACCAGCCGGGAUGAGGAUGUUGUAAAAAGUUUAUUCAAACCACAGCAAAAGCAAGAUGAGUUUACCACAUGGUGUGAAAAUACACUACGCAAUAUAACUACCUCAGUAGAUGUGCCAACUUUUAUCGCCUUCCUGCAAGAUGUUGAAUCUCCGUAUGAGGUACAUGAUUAUGUUCGUUCAUAUCUUGGUGAGUCGAAGGUUGUCACUGAGUUCAGUAAACAAUAUCUAGAAAAACGCAGCCAGUAUAAGAACAAGAAAAGACAGGAGAAAAAACAACAGGAGGACAGUAUCUGGGGUCCAGCUCCAGCUCUAACACCCAAAGAAAGAAAACCAGUCAGAGCAGCCGAACCCGAUACUCAAAAGAGCAAAGGCAAGAAAAAGAAGAAGAUGCAGAAAUUGGACGGUAGUGUUCUGGGAUUCACUGUUCAUGCCGCUCCCGAUCGGGUCAACGCUGGCGAGAUUGAAAACCUUCAGUGAACAUUUUUAACUAGUUAUAUUUUAAUGGCACAUGGUUUAACAUAUUUACAGAGAUUAAACAGGAGAAAAGAUUAAGGAUUUUAAAACGGCAUAUAAAGGUGCUAAUUGGUUUCUGUUACUUUUGUUUUUUUAAUAUAGAAGGUACAGAGUUGCCAGGAUUUUAAACUGUGAAGAUGGGAGAAAAAAAAAAACCUACAAAAGUUCAGAAAAAAUUCUUCUGAUGUUGUUUUUCUCUCAUUUAUUGUUUGUGUUGUUAGAUUAAGAUAAUUUGUCCAACUUGUUUAAUUUUUCUCCUCACCGUUCUCUCUUCUUCUUUUUUUUUUUUCGUGUGUGAUAUAAACUGGAUGAUGCUCUAGCAGUCGGAUAAUCUCAAGACAAACAAUUGGUGUUAUUCCAAAUAUAAAAAGCAUCUGUGAUAUUAAGGAAUAACUGAUUUGAAAUGAUCCUACUAUUAAAAACUGUUAUGAAAGAUAGAUUCUGGCUUCAUCUAUCUGUUUAUUAAUUUUAUUUAUUUAUUUUUUUUUUAAAAAAAGAUGACCAAGUUUUAAAUCAUGGUCAUUGAUAUUUUAAAAGAUCAGAUUUAAAAAAGAAAUUAGGAAUAAGGAAUUUCAAACAUGUGUAAUUAUCAAAAUAGCAAUGCUCUCUAGCAAUCAUAAAUUAAGAAAUAAGAAAUCUCAAAAGGUAAUAAAACUGAGCUUUAACGAUAAGUACUGGAGUAUUAGAAUAUCUUGUUACACCCUAGACCAAAUACUUCAAAUAAAAUUAAAUUGAUUACAAACAUGUAUAUUAACUAGGAAUUUCAUACUUUGAAUGUCACAAUUUCUACAAUCAAUUUUCACCCAUACAUACAUGAAAAGAUUGAAUCUUAAGACCACUAUCAAGGAAUCUUGAUUAUUUACCACAUUUCUAAGUUUUAAAUAAAUGAAAUUCUUUAUCAGGGAAAUAAUUAUGCUAAUUUUAUAAUGAGAGAAUCAUAAAAAAAAAUAUUUUGGGCCAAGAAGUCAAAUUAUGCUAUUAAAUCUUAUAUCUCACUUCUCAUUUGUUAUCUGUGUUGACUAGCAGCAAAAUUUGGAAAGUUUUAACUGUAACAAGCAUGGGAAUGAAUCUAAUGAACAAUUGGGUAGUUUUUAAUGUCACCAGAAGUUGAAUGAAUGUGUGGAUAUUGUAUAUUAUGUUCAUCUUACAGAGUAUUUAAAUUAUUAGAAAGAUAUUUUCAAUAGAACUUGCAAAUUUAUAGUCUUUAACAUUUGUACUUUUAUUCAUUUUGAAUAGUGCCUUAUUUAACAGAUGUUUAUUUUAAAGAAAAUAUAUGGGCUUUUAUUUUCUCCUUCUGCAUAUUAAAGGGAAUGGUUUUUGUUAUUAGGAUUGUAGGCUUUAAAUCCCUUUUUAUUGUUAUUUAACCAUCUACAUAUCCAAUGUUCUUCUUGCACUUCUCUUGUCACCUCAAAAAUUUGUGGGGUUUUAGUAAAACUGAAAGAAGUUCCUGUACAUGAAAACUUGCUAAAAUUUGAAAAUGUCUUCAGAUGCUUUUAAUCAAAUACUUAAAUAGAUAUGAUUUUACUACACAAUACCCCUAUUCAAUAAAUAGAACGGUUAUUUGGGGGGUUGACUUUAAUACUUUUGAUAGUUAGUUAUCCUAUUAGUAAUACUAAUUGAACACAUUAAAAUAAACUCAACAGUUCUAUGGAUAACAAUUACUGUAUUCCUAUUAAGACUACAUUUGAACAAUGAUUCUCUUGUCGUUAUCAAUAAUCAUUGUUGAAAUGUAGCCUUAAUAGGAAUACAGUUAUUGUUAUCCAUAGAACUGUUGUGUUUAUUUUGUGUUCAAUUACUAAAUGUCAUUCGAACACUAAUUGUAUAACUUUCACCUAUUAGUAAGGUAACGCUAAAUUAAUAUCAGUAAUAGUGACAACAUCCCAGACCAUAAUACUGAUAAUUAUAGUACAAGGCUAUAUAUAAUGAUCGAUAUAGAAGAACGAUUGUAUUAAAUAUUUAUAUAUGUUAGUGAAUUCUAUAUAAAGACUGAGUGUAUAGAGCCAAAUAUUCCCGCUAAAAAUACAACCUGUAUAUAGUUAUUAUUCACAUCUGUUAUAUGCAUAAUUUAUUUCAUGUUUUUUGGUUUUUGUAUAAAAUAUCAAAAAUGUAAGACAGGCCAGAUAUUUUCGUUCUCUUUGAUUCCUUAUUUGGUAUACCUCUGGUCUGUGACUAACCAUAUCAGUAGAACCGUACAGCGGUUAUUUUGUCUUGGAUGUUCUGUUGUACAAUCAGGGUUGGGAGGGUAGUCAAAAAUUGUUUUUAAAUGUCGGGGUGCAGAGGGAAGUAAAGUUUAAUUUGAAAUGACCUAAAAGUCAUUACUACUAUAAUUAUUUUGGCAUGGUCAUAUUGAAAUUUGUUCUGUCUGUAGUCUCCCUCAAGUAAACCAACAUAAUUAAUUCUAUGUAAAGUGUCAUGGUCGUUCUUUACAUAUCAACAUUAUAAAUGAGUUUCAUUUGACUAACGGACAGUAUGUAUUAUAAUUGAAAGGCAUUGUGUUGUCUGCCAUGUCUGUUUUAUGGAGAGUAGGAUAUUUAAAAAAGAAGGGAGUAAUAAUUACAUUUUCUUGGCACAUAAUAUUUAUAUAUAUAUUAUAUAAGCUCAAAUAAUAUAAAGCAUUAUCUUACAGUCUUAUAAGUUUUUAUAUUAUUACAUGUAUUAAAGUAAUAAUUUCACUAUAUCAACUAUUUCUUUGAACCAUUUAAAUUUACAUUGUUGUUAUUGAUUAUCUACAUUUUCAUUAGGUAACAUCUAUAAUAGAUAGAAGUUCUGAGAAACCUGGUAGGAAGCACUUACAUGAAACCCAUGUGAAAGCUAUUCUUGUGUACAUGAGAUAAGGUCUGUUCAUCCAUGAGUGUCAUUGGCUCAGUAAACAAGCGUUCAUUCAGAUUAGAAUAUUCACCCAUGUGAAAGCUAUUCUUGUGUACAUGAGUUAAGGUCUGUUCUUCCAUGAGCAUGAGUGUCAUUGGCUCAGUAGACAAACGUUCAUAAUAUUAGAAUGGUCGCAUGAACAAUUGAUCAUUUUGACAGGGUCUUAAUAUUAGCGAUUUCCUCUAGGGUUUCUCAAUUUUAAAUCAUAUAAGGGCUUGUAUCAAUUGACUGUAUGAAUUUGAACAUUUCUCUAAGCUAGAGUUUUCCUCUUUUAUAUUUUACUCAAGUUGAAGUAGUCAGCUUAAUUAAGAGACACGACUACCUUAAGCUUAAGGAAAUAAUUAAACGUUGAGGUGACGAUUCUUUGUUUCAAUCAAAUUCGAAAUUUAAGAUACUUCCUCAACAUUAUAGUAGUCCUUUGAAUGCUUAAGCUAUCUUUUCAUUGAAUGGGAGUUCUUGUUCUAGAUUUAUGCCUUCAUCUAAUGAAGUGACAUUAUCCUAUUUUAGUUUAUGUGAAUUAUUCCCAGGGUUAGAGAGUAAUGCUUCUAUCAUGACAUCAAAAAAUAUUCAACUGUAUUAUUAUAUUUAAAAUUUUAUAUUUAAUUUAAGGUAUGUUUUAAGGAGGGAGGGGAACUUUUAACAAAAAUAUUGGACUUGAAAUGCAAAUGAUUAAUCGAUCAUGUUCAGUAAUAAUAGAGGUAUCUUUAGUUUUAUAUCAAUCUAUCUAGAAAUACAUCCCUGUGAUAUUUUAAUUAGAUUAUAGACACAACAGUUUGGAUGAGAUUAAAGUUGUUUAGCUUCGAAACGUAGCAAGGGUUGCAUCAUGGAUUUUUUACAAGGAGUAGAGUCUUCAGGUUUACCACCUGAUUUUGUCCGGGUUCUCCGGAUCCAUGUACCACAAGAUGAUGUAUUUCUAGGUAGGUUGUUGAAUAUGCCUGUCUGAGAAUUGUGUAUAUAUAUUAUUAUUUGAUGAUAUUUUUUUGAAACUGUUUUGUGUAUGAAAGAAGAUUUUAUUUGUAUGUUUUAUGUAUGGAAGAGAAGUUUGUGUGAAAGAAGUGAAAUGAUGUAUGGAUGUUUUGUGAGAGUUAUCAUAGUCAUACACAUUUAUUUUAUACUUCAUUCGAGUAAUAGACAUAUUUUUGAACACAUGCAAUAUGACUUGCACAAUAUUUGAAUUAUUUUCCAUGUCGAUGAAAGAAAAAUUCACUGGGUAACAAACUAUGUUGUGCAUACGAAGAGUAUCCAUCCGAAUGUGCUAUCUAUUAUUAGCUAUAAUAAACUCUAGUUAACUUAUUUUCCAUUAACAAGCUUUUAUCAAGACCCCAUUUUGAUUCACAGUGGCAUUCUCUGACAUUGCAUGACAUCAAUGGCUUUAACUCUAUUGCCAAACCAGGCCAAAUACCAUAUAAUGCCUUCUUUGAUAGGCAUUUAGUACAAUUUUAUGGAUAUACAAUUUCUGCGUUUAAUACUAAGCUUCAUAAAGACGAGAGUAUCCUCAUCGAAACGUCGCAGUAUUAAUCUCAGUAAUUGUGUAUCCAGAAUUUAUUCUUAAAUUUUUGCCAACAUUAACUAUUUAAUUUUUAGAGGAAUAUUAAAGGCCACUGCUACAAACUAUUACUGGUAUCUAGCAUAGUUAUUCCAAAAUUAAUCCACAAACAUCAAAAUAACCUGUUUCUGACCCAAGUACCAUUGGUCCUUUAUACCAAAAAGCAAUAGUAAUUAUUAUAUAACAAUAGGUGGCACUAUUGUAAUUUGAUCUAACAUCAGAUGUCUGGAAGUGAAUCAAUUAACUCUGUGACUCGAUCAGCUAACCUGCCUUUCCCCUAAUGUUGACUUUCAAAUCAACCCAAUACUAUUCAUUACAAUCCAUAAAAAAAAUCAAAAUGAUAAAAGUUGGUAUCGGGUGUAAUUUAUUAUGAAGUGUUGAAAUUCUACCAUCAACUUGAACAGGAAGUAUUUAUUAGAAAUUUGCAGUCGUUGUCCAUCUGACGACUUUCAUGUAUUACACAUCUGAUCAGGAUAUUAUUAACAACAGAUUCAUGGAGAAUCUGCAAUUGAGCAGAGAUUUAUGGGGAUAAUACGUCUUUCUAUUCACGUUCCCAAUGCUUUACACCAUAAUUAACUAUCAAAUUAAUCAGUUUUACAUUUCAUUUGUUGAUUUCAGAGAAAUUAGAUCUUAAUUAACGAUAGAUUUGAUUUAAUUCCUGGUUUAUUGGCCUUUGGGUUCAUCUAUCAGGAAGUACAUUUACACUACACAGCAGUAUGAUUAUAAUAUACUUAUUUCUUAUCUAAACAUCAUAUAAAAAAAGAAUUCCCUGAGUUCAUCUUACAUAAGCCUUAAUAUAGAAUUGUAAUCUUGCACUACUGACCUACUAAAACUAUAAUAUAUAGGACACAGAUUUAUUCUGACACAUAUAACCUAUUGUUAGUUUUUUCUCAUGAUUCAAGUGAUCAGAAUGUUCACAACAAAUGUGUUUAGGUGAUAAAUGAAAAUAAAAUAUGGAUGUAUUCUUUCUAUCUUGUGAGACAGAACGCAUUAAAUUUGUGACAAUUACUGCUUUAAUAAAUGAGACAAUAACUGAAAAACAAGAAAUAUAGGCUACCCAAGGCUGAGACAGAUACUUCCAUCCUACUGCUUUCACUACUAAUUGUAAUUGUCCCUAUCACUCUACAUCUAUUUAAAAUAAUUAUAUGGGUAUGAUUUAAGACUUCACUACCCAUGGGUCUUAUCUUUCAUUCCAACCGUGUGGGAUUUCUCCAGAUUCUCCAGUUUCCUCCCACAGUUAAACCCCUACACUCAAGCAAAUUAUUGAAAUUAAAUUGAACCUUAUGUUAGUCCCGAAAUUGCCUAGUUUGUGUCAAGUUGAUGUUAAACCCCCAUUUCUCUCUCCUUAUCUUUCACCUUGUAAUUUCAACUCUAUAAAUAUGUAUGGUUGUUAGUCAUCAUAAAGGCCAGGGCCUACUAAAGGUUAGAGGUCAGUGUGUUAUUGACACCACAACAGCCCAUACCCACUAAGCAUGAUAUUGUUAUUUUUAAUUCCUUGUUAUUGUCAUGCUAAGCCCAACAAUCCACUUAGCAACCAAGGUAAGGAAACAUCACUUAUGUUGGACAAUUUGGCUAUUUUUUCUUUACAAAUCAUGUGUUAAAGUAAUUACCUAAAAAAUACAACUGCACAAAUUCUGUAGUUCUGGAAAUAGAACUGUUUCUAAUUGCGUUGUGAUGAAUCUCUGUGUUUCCAUGCAGUCGCGUCUUGAUGCUCAUUGGACUUGGAUACACAUAACCUGCAUCAGUGUCAAAAACUAAAUGGUUUCUAUUUGUAGGGCGAUGAAGUUAUAUCAUAUUGACAAUAAUUGACAUUAAAAAUUGUCAAGUAGUCAAGUGGGUGUAACAUGUUAGUCAACAGAACAUUUUAUUAUGUGUAGCAUGAAUUUUCAGUGACAGGCUUCAGGGAUAAUAAAUCUGUUUAGGAGUGCAAGAAUUAAUAUUGUAACAUGGAUGGGAAAUCUUUCUUUGUUCUUUUUGUUGAAUAAGCAGAUGUUUUCCCUCUUGUAGAUUGGGUGGAGCUUAACCAUGCAAUAACUAGAUGUUCAAUGUUAUUUCACACUUUUGCUGGUUUACACUAGUUUUAGUAGAAAUCAUAUAGAGAAGUGGGGUGGGUUUUCUGUGCAAUAACAAUAAGCAUGUUGAGCAGUUGUCAAUGUUACAAGUCAUUUAUAGCACGCUUCAUUUGUUAACAUGGUUAACCCCUCGGCCUUCGGCCUCUGGUUAAAUAUAACUUGGAGAAUGUUUGUUUAGGCCUGUGUGUAUGCUCUAUAAGGAACAACCAUUAUCUCGAAUAAAUAUCUAUUUUUUCCUCACAAAUAAUCCUUGGUGCAUGUCAUCAUAUUAUGAUUGAUCAGUUAAAAUCAUUGUGUUUAAUAUGUAUAAAAUAUAAUGGUAUGCUAUGUAGAGUGCGUGAAAGUGUGGGUAUGACUGUGUCUUUAAUCUUGUAUGAGUUAAAUGUGUUAUUUGUGUGUAUGACUGUCUUUAACCGUGUAUGAAUUAAAGGUGUUAUUUGUUUGUGUCAUCAUAAUUUAAUGAUGCCAUGCAAUAAAAUACCAUGUCAAAAUA